GAGCGCCUGCGCAUUGCCCCGGAAGCAAGAUGGCAGCCCCCAGCGGAGGCUUCUGGACUGCGGUGGUCCUGGCGGCCGCAGCGCUGAAAUUGGCCGCCGCUGUGUCCGAGCCCACCACCGUGCCAUUUGACGUGAGGCCCGGAGGGGUCGUGCAUUCGUUCUCCCAGGACGUAGGACCCGGGAACAAGUUUACAUGUACAUUCACCUACGCUUCCCAAGGAGGGACCAACGAGCAAUGGCAGAUGAGCCUGGGGACAAGUGAAGACAGCCAGCACUUUACCUGUACCAUCUGGAGGCCCCAGGGGAAAUCCUACCUCUACUUCACACAGUUCAAGGCUGAGUUGCGAGGUGCUGAGAUCGAGUAUGCCAUGGCCUACUCCAAAGCCGCAUUUGAGAGAGAGAGUGAUGUCCCCCUGAAAAGUGAGGAGUUUGAAGUGACCAAGACAGCAGUGUCUCACAGGCCUGGGGCCUUCAAAGCUGAGCUCUCCAAGCUGGUGAUCGUAGCCAAGGCGGCACGCUCGGAGCUGUGACCCUCGCCUGUCAAGGGCCUUCAUGUCCACGUUCCUCAGGCACACUGACCGGGACUACUUGUCUAGGGCACUGGUUCCCAUAGGAGCUGCCCUGCCCUGCACAGGUCACACUGUGUCACUCCGCAGAACUCUCUGAGCCCGGUCACCUGUUUUGCCAGGGAAGAUGCAGGGCAUGUGCGGGGGUGGGAUGGAAGGACUUCCUGGCUUUCCUGAAGUCAAGAUGUGGUGUGGUUUCCCCUCUGAGCCACAGAUGAGUGUCCCCAUCCCAGGACCACUUUCUAACCCCAUCCAGGGCAGCUCCACUCAGAAGGAUGGGAAAGGAUAGAAAAAAUAAAUAAAUAAGUAGCCACCUUAGUGGUGGCUCUGUGGGGUCAGGACUCAGA